UUUUCGGUCUCUUCUCGCUCGGGCUCGAGUCGUGGAAAAGACUUGGAGAACGGUUGGAAGGUUCAACGCGCUGCCGCCUGCAACUGCGAAGGCUUCAAAGAAGAUGGCUGACUCCUUACCCUUGCUUCUUAUAGCUCCUGGCAUAGUCUGACAUCUGGCGUUCCGAUGAUCGAAAGAUAGAGAAAGAUUGGGUUUUUUGGCUGAUUGAUUGUCGAAUCUCAGCUGUUUGUGGGGAUAUUGGAUUUGAACGUGCGUCCAAGUUGGGAUCUUUUGUUUUCUUUGGGCAUUUUUUUGGUUUGUUCUGGGCUCUUUGUUCUUUUCUUUUCCUUUUUAUUCUUGGACAUGGGAGCUCUGUUCUUUUGUUAUUCCUGCUGAUUGGGGGUUAUUAGGAAUUUUCUCUUGGUUAGAGCUAGCCUUUUUUGUUUAUAAAGUCCAGUUUUUGCUGUUCAUUUGAGUAUUUUCGGGUGCUUCAGCUGCUGAAGUGAUUGUGAUUUGAGAUAUUCCUCUCUCCUUCUCCCUUAAUUUUUUGAUUCUGUGUCCCUGAUUCAGUGGGUCUCUUUGGAGAUUAGAUUGUUGUGCUUUAAUUUCCUAUCACUCCAUUCGCUGCAAACUGGUAGUGACUUCGUUGCUUGGGACUUGACUAUAAGAGAUGGCUAGAGGGAGAAGAAGCAAGUUUCGUGUUAGUAAAUUAUACAGCUUUGCAUGUGGUAGGUCGGGGUUCAAAGAAGACCACUCUCAGAUCGGAGGCCCGGGCUUCUCCCGAGUAGUCUAUGCCAAUGACCCGGAUUUCGAAGAUGCCAUCAACCUAAACUAUGCAUCUAACUCUGUCUCCACCACCAAGUAUACAUGGGCUACCUUCAUUCCUAAGUCCUUGUUUGAGCAGUUCAGGAGGGUUGCCAACAUAUACUUUCUGAUCACCGCAUGUCUCUCUUUCACCGCCUUGGCUCCUUACAGUGCUGGGAGUGCAAUUCUCCCGCUGAUUGUGGUGAUUGGAGCAACCAUGGUGAAGGAGGCCAUUGAAGAUUGGAGGCGCAGCCAGCAGGAUUCUGAGGUGAACAAUCGAAAAGUUAAAGUGUGCCGUCAGGAUGGUAACUUUGAUUAUACAGAAUGGAAGAAGCUGAGAGUUGGGGAUAUAGUGAAGGUGGAGAAGGAUGAAUUUUUCCCUGCCGACCUCAUUUUGCUUUCAUCCAGUUAUCCAGAUGCAGUAUGUUAUGUCGAGACCAUGAACCUUGAUGGAGAAACAAAUUUGAAAUUGAAGCAAGCAUCGGAGGCAACCUCAGGUUUACAAGCUGAUUCUAGCUUCCUAGAUUUUCAAGCAGUAAUCAGAUGUGAGGAUCCAAAUGCAAGUCUCUACUCUUUUGUUGGAAGCAUGGAACUGAAGGACGAGCAGUACCCUCUCUCACCUCAGCAGCUUCUGCUUCGGGACUCUAAGCUGCGCAACACUGAUUACAUAUAUGGGGCUGUUAUUUUCACAGGUCAUGAUACGAAAGUCAUGCAAAAUGCCACAGAUCCACCAUCCAAAAGGAGCAAAAUUGAAAGAAAAUUGGAUAAAAUCAUUUACCUCCUCCUAGCUGCUGUGGUCUUGAUUUCGACUAUUGGCUCAAUUUUCUUUGGCAUUGCAACCCAUGAUGACUUACAAGAUGGCAAGAUGAAGAGAUGGUACCUCAGACCAGAUGACACUACAAUCUUCUAUGAUCCUAACAAAGCAGCUAUUGCAGCAAUAUUGCACUUUUUGACAGCAAUGAUGCUGUAUAGUUACUUCAUCCCCAUCUCUCUGUAUGUAUCCAUAGAGAUUGUCAAGGUGUUGCAAGCUGUUUUCAUCAACCAAGAUAUUCAAAUGUAUCAUGAGGAAUCAGACAGACCUGCUCAUGCUCGUACAUCGAACCUGACGGAGGAACUUGGUCAAGUUGACACAAUUCUCUCGGACAAGACUGGAACCCUGACUUGCAAUUCAAUGGAGUUCAUUAAAUGCUCCAUCGCUGGGACUGCUUAUGGACAUGGAGUCACAGAGAUUGAGAGAGCAAUGGCUAGAAGAAAAGGAUCCCCAAUAGUUACUGAGCAAGAUAACGAAGAACACAAAGAAAAUCACGCUGAUGCUAAAUCUGCAAUUAAAGGGUUUAAUUUUAAGGAUGGACGUCUCAUGUAUGGGAAUUGGGUUAAUGAGCCUCGUGCUGAUGCUAUCCAGAAAUUUUUUCGGCUGUUAGCAAUCUGCCAUACUUGCAUACCUGAAGAAGAUGAAGAGUCAGGGAAGAUAUCAUAUGAAGCCGAGUCGCCCGAUGAGGCUGCCUUUGUUGUUGCAGCAAGGGAACUGGGAUUUGAGUUUUGUGAGAGGACACAGACAAGCAUCUCCGUGCAUGAACUGAAUCCCAUGUCAGGCAAGAUAGUUGAAAGGUCAUAUAAGCUCCUAAAUAUCUUGGAGUUCAAUAGUUCUCGGAAGCGGAUGUCUGUGAUAGUUCGAGAUGAGGAGGGGAAAUUGCUACUACUCAGCAAAGGUGCUGACAGUGUUAUGUUUGAAAGGCUUGCAAAGAAUAGAAUGGAUUUCGAGGAAAAAACCAAGGAACAUGUGAACGAGUAUGCUGAUGCAGGUUUAAGGACCUUGGUUCUUGCAUAUCGUGAACUUGAUGAAGAAGAAUACACGACUUUCAACAAAAGGUUUACAGCAGCCAAGACUUCAGUUAGUGCUGAUAGAGAUGAAAAAAUUGAGGAAGCUGCUGACAUGAUAGAGAGAGAUUUGGUUCUUCUUGGUGCCACUGCUGUUGAAGACAAACUACAACUCGGGGUACCUGAGUGCAUUGACAAACUUGCACAAGCUGGAAUCAAGAUAUGGGUACUGACUGGUGACAAGAUGGAGACAGCCAUCAAUAUAGGCUUCGCGUGUAGUCUACUAAGACAAGGAAUGAAGCAGAUAAUCAUCACUUUGGAUACACCAGAAAUUAUAGGGUUGGAGAAAGCAGGAAACAAGGAUGCUAUUGCUAAGGCAUCAAAAGAGAGUGUUGUCCAUCAGAUAAAUGAGGGAAGGAAACUUAUCAGUUCAUCAAAUACUGAAUCAUUUGCUUUGAUCAUUGAUGGGAAGUCACUUACAUAUGCUUUGGAAGAUGAUGUGAAGGACAUGUUCUUACAGCUGGCAAUUGGCUGUGGAUCAGUUAUAUGCUGCCGUUCUUCACCCAAACAGAAAGCCCUGGUCACACGACUUGUAAAAACUGGCACUCAUAAAGUCACAUUAGCAAUUGGUGAUGGCGCCAAUGAUGUGGGCAUGCUUCAAGAAGCAGACAUAGGGGUUGGUAUCAGUGGUGCUGAAGGAAUGCAGGCGGUCAUGUCGAGUGAUGUCGCCAUUGCUCAGUUCAGAUUUCUAGAGCGACUGCUACUUGUGCAUGGACAUUGGUGUUAUAGGAGGAUCUCAUCAAUGAUAUGCUAUUUCUUCUACAAGAACAUCACAUUUGGUCUCACGCUAUUCAUGUAUGAGGCAUAUGCGUCAUUCUCUGGGCAACCUGCAUAUAAUGAUUGGUUCCUGUCAUUAUAUAACGUCUUCUUCACAUCACUCCCUGUGAUUGCUUUGGGAGUAUUCGACCAGGAUGUUUCUCCUCGAUUUUGCCUUAAGUUCCCCAUGCUCUACCAAGAAGGUGUACAAAAUGUUCUCUUCAGCUGGACCCGACUUCUUGGUUGGAUGUUCAAUGGCAUCUUGAAUGCCAUCACAAUCUUCUUCUUUUGCAUCAGUGCCUUCCAGUACCAGGCCUUCCGUGAAGGUGGUGAGGUUGUGGGCUAUGAAGUCCUGGGGGCCACCAUGUGCAGUUGCGUGGUCUGGGUUGUGAACUGCCAAAUGGCACUCUCUGUCGGCUUCUUCACUUUGAUACAGCACAUUUUCAUCUGGGGUGGCAUUGCUCUUUGGUACCUGUUCCUCCUGGCCUAUGGAGCCAUCACCCCUACCAUAUCAACCACUGCCUUCAUGGUAUUCGUUGAGGCGCUGGCUCCUGCACCUUCUUAUUGGAUUUUGACACUCUUCGUGGUGAUUGCCACCCUCAUCCCCUACUUCACUUAUUCUGCAAUUCAGAUUCGCUUCUUCCCCAUGUACCAUAACAUGGUUCAGUGGAUGCGGUGGGAGGGGCGAGCAGAUGAUCCCGAGUACUGCCAAGUGGUGCGCCAGAGGUCGGUGAGGCCGACGACAGUUGGUGUCUCUGCCCGCCUCGAUAAAGCUACUCAGUUAAUAACUAGGAGAGUCCACCAUGCAGUUCCCUCACCAUGACAGUUUUUCUUGUCUGAGUCCAUUGCUCAUUGUACAGUUACACUGUCGGCUUGCUGCUUCUCAGAGAGAUUCAUGUCGAACCAGCUCCUUGGCAUAUAGAUGGUCGGUUAAUAAAUGAAGAAAGUAGGCUUGGAGUUUGCUUCCCAUGUGCGGACAGCAUUCUCUCAAGUCUUUUAUGUUCGGAUGCAGGGUACUGAUGUUGUGUAAUUUGAUCCUCACAUGAUCAGAAGUGAAUACCAUAGAAGAGUUGUAAAUUUUGAAUACCGGCCAUUUUUUGGUCACAUUGAUUUAUUUAUUUUGUAUCUCUAUAUUUGCAUAGUAGAAAUUAUAGAAAGUUUCCUUUUCAUCAAA